UUUCAGUUUGAACCAUUCUCGACGCGUAUAAAUAAUAUCGAUAUCGAUGUUUUCCAUCGAGUCGGUCAUCGCUAUGAAGAGUCGAAUGAAGAAGUUGUCACAAACUUCUACUCAGUCUUUCAACGAUGGAAUGACUUGAAUAAGUCUGAGAGCUACAGACUGUUGAGAAGCAACAUUUAUAUAGGAAGCAUCCAAACGUUGCCGCAACUUGUUCUACAGAAGCAGCAUGUGGUUGACGUGCUAUUGGAUCAUUUAUCGUUACAAUAUGAAUUGUCACUUCAGGCCACAUUGGAGCUGGUGGUGGCCCUCGCCCAAGACCUGGUCCAGGACUUCUAUCCGUACUACGCUCAGUUCCACACGAAACUGAUUGGCCUACUGAACACGAAAAACGUGGACUGCUUGGAGUGGACUUUCACAUGCCUGGCCUACCUGUUCAAGUUCUUGUGGCGCUACAUCGUCAAGGACCUGUCAGCUGUUUUCGAAAGUCUGAUUCCGCUGCUGAGCAGCUCAAGGCCGCAGUAUAUCAACAACUUUGCGGCCGACUGCUUUGCGUUUGUGGCGCGCAAAGUUCGGGAUAAGACCAAUUUUUUGAAGUUGAUUCUGCGAUCCAUCCAUAAGCACAAGGACGGUGUCGCGGGAUGUGGCCGCCUGCUAUUGGCCACAAUGUCUGGUGUGACAGGUCAGUUCCACAGUUGCGCCGAGUCGCUGCUCCUGCUUCUGCUGCGUUCGCUGGCCAACGAAGCGAUGCCUCGCCGGCUGCUCUUCCAAGUGCUCCACUCCAUGGCCAACAUCAUGCACACGGCUAUCAGUCCCAAUCACAGCGCUAUCUUCUGGGAUUGUGUCAUUAAAGUAGCCGACGAGUUCUUGAACGAGCUGGAAACAGGCGAACGCAUGGAGGAUGCAGCCGGCUUUCUGCUGAGACUUGUGCAGAGCGCGCUGGCUUGGCGAGACGCUUCUUGGCUGUCCGACAAUGCUCAGCGUGUUCUACUUUGCCUACUGAAAUUCGUGGACUGCAACCGCAGCGCCAUCUUGCAUCACCUGGUGGAAACUGUCAGCAUUCUGCUGCUCUCUGCCAAUGUGACGCUCACUCAGGAGCUGUCUAGUCGCACUAUUAAUAAGAUUCUUGGCAUCGAGGACAGAAGUGUUGUGAAACUAUUCUUGGAGAAGAUGAUUGGCUACUCUGGUUUGGACCUGUUGAUUCUGCCCAAGUUGAUUGACUUUUGUGCAAGGGGAACGUCGCCGGCUGAAACUCGCGAUCUGUUGGUGAAAUUGGUGCUGGCCAAAAGUCUGCCCACCUGCUGGGAUCAGAACGAACAAAAUGGAUCCAGCACUCGUUAUGUUUUGAACUUCCAAACUGCCAUGUCGAAAUAUAGCAAAGCGAGUUUCAGUUCCAUGGUUUUGGAAGAAAUACCAACAUCGGAGGAAGCAGUCAUUGAAAACUUGGAAUCAAUAAUCUCCUACCUGAUUAUCCUUCCUCAUUUGGAACCUAUGAAUGGAAACGACAUACUACAAAAACUUGGUUCAUUGAUGGAAACAAUUCGGUCCAUACUAGCGGAAUGUAGUAGUGAUGAAUUAGUAGGAAGAGUAUUGUUUCUACUGUUCACUGCUUUGAAAUGCUUUUCAAUGGUGAAAACCACAGCGUGUUCAACUAAAGCGAUAAUUCCAAGAGAAGUUAGCAUUUCAGUGCUACCCUACCUCAAGCAUUACUCUUACCGUAAUGUUGCAUUGAAAUGUUUGAUGAUUUGUUUGGAGGACUGUGAGGAUAGCUUGGUUCAAGAAAUAGUCAAUCAGUCUUGGGAUGACGUAGUUGCGGGACUUUCAUCAGAGUACCAUCAGGUGAGGCUUAGCAGUGCACAGAUAUUGGUGCGACUUGUUGGAGAGGGGGAAGAUUAUGCAGAAACCAAACGAUGUUUGCUGACCAUCAUUGAAGCCGAAAACAUUCCAUGCACAGUGCACGACUACAGAGAAAAACUAAAAGCUCUACAGCAGAUCGAAUGUUGUCAGAUGAUCAAUGAAAGUAAACACCCCACUCUACCUCUGAACUAUCUGCUGGGUGUUCUCUAUGUGAACUUCAAACUCCUGUGGGAACCAACCUGCAAACUGAUUACAUCUUAUGCUGAUAAUUUACCUCGAGCAGAAUUCUGGAAGGUUUUCCUGGCUAGACUUCUAGUUGCCAAAGAGGAUGUUAUAAAUCAGAAAUCGUUGUCAACAAUUGAAAUUGACCUUCCCGAGUUGCAUCAGUAUCGUGAUAAAAUCCUGAACUUGGAUGACAAGCCCGAUCACUGGAACUACAGGAAUAUGCUGUGGAAGAGCAUGGUCGAUUUUGCUUCUAUCUGUGAACAAAAGAAUCGUGAUAUCGUUCCUUUGUUUCUCUCUUUUGUUGAGGAUGAAUACUUCCGAGCUGACUCGGAUGUAGCCUCAAAGUGGAAUAUCAAACAGGGUCCCAGGCCAGGAGAGGAACUAGCUGUAGAGGACGAUGACGAGAUGAAGGCUCAGGAAGUGGAUUCAGAGGAGAAUGGAAAAGACGAAGGUCUGAAGAAGAAUGAAGAUGUGGAGAUGGAAGAACUACAAGUACAGUCAAAGAAUGAAGAUGUAGAGAUGGAUGAACUGGAAGGAGAGACAAAGACAAAUGGAGAAUGCGGACUAAAUAACGAUAUUACUUGUGAAAAUAAGUCGGAUGACCACAAAGAUGAAAAAUCUUCUCUAAAUUCGAGCACCGUUGAAUCGAAUGUGAUUAGGAAAGGAAAGUCUGCUUCUAAGGCACUUCUUGCGCACAUUAUGAUAUUUGGAAAGUUCAAAGAUCCCAACUCAAUGUACAAGGAGCCAGAAGUGAAGAAAAUCUUCUUUGAAUUGCUGACUCACAAAAAUCCCGAAGUACAAAAGAGUGCUCUGGAUUGUGUGAUGACCUACAAGCAUAAAUGUGUUCUUCCCUACAAGAGCCAUCUGUAUGGACUGAUAGAUGAUAAAUCGUUCAAGGAUGAAAUCACAUUGUUCCGUAUUGACACUGAGAGUGAGAUGGUGAGGCCUGAACAUAGGCCUGAACUUAUGCCAAUUGUGAUGAGGAUCCUGUACAGUAAAAUGCUGAACAAGAGUGGUGUAAGGACGGGAAGUAAGUCUCUUGGCCAGCUGAGACGUUCCAUGGUGCUUCGAUUCCUGGCGGGUUGCCAUGCUGAUGAGCUGAUGAUGUAUUUGCAGAUGGCAUUUAGGCUGUAUACUCCGUAUGUGAAAGACGGUGUGAGAGAAACGGUUGACGAGGUGACAGCCACCCUAGACCUGGGAGCAAUGGUGCCGCCCCGCCGCCUCCAGUCAUCCGUCAACCUUCUCUCGGUGGUGCUCACUCAGUGCGGAGGCCUCAUGGCCAACCACCUCCUUGCCUAUCUCCUCAAGGUGCUGCUGUGCUUGGGCCAAAUGGCAAGCUGCGCGCUGCAAGCUCGCGACACAGUACACGCUGGCUAUCUGGUGCACUUGCGGCAAGUGCGUAAUUCGGCCAUUGACGUGCUUGCGCGAUUCUUCGACAGCUUCGACAAAUAUCCGUGGACUGGCCAGGAGCUGGAUGCUGUCUUUCAGGUGUUUGUAUGGCCUUACGUGGAAAAGCUUCCGAUUGAAGGAGUGCAUAGUCCAACCUCCCUCAUGAAACUUAUGAUGGCUUGGAGCAGGAACCAAAGAUUCUUCCCGCUUCUUGGCAAGUGGCACAAAACUGAAUCGUGCGAUUCUUUGACGUCAAUGAUGAGCUUGCUUUUGGGUCCGAAAACUCACAACUCAGUUGUGAACUCCAUCUUUGAUUUAAUCGAACGCUUGCUCACUCUACAAGACAAGGAGGAGGUCGAGGAGAAUGAAGAAAUGGCUGGAGAAUCUGCAAACCAAGUUCUGCCUGUUGAAACUACUAAUAUCAAAGUGUACGAUGUGAAGAAUAUACCGGACAACCUUGAGGUAAAAGAGCUGAACUACGGCAGCUACCUUUUGCUGCCGCACAUCCCGUCAGUGCUGGAGCGCAUGAAGCUGAAAAUGUCGCGUGGCAAACAUCGCGUGCAGCUCAGCCAGCGCGAUCUUCUGAUUUUGUCGCGCGCUACAGAACUGGUGUCGGACGCGACAACUAGCGAGACGCUGAUCGGCAUCCUUCUGCCGGCGCUGAUGAAGAAGGCGUCCAGCGGCGCUGACGUGCUCUGCCCGCUGCUCACCACUAUUGCCAACCUCAUCAAGAACGUUGCCGAACCUUCGCGAUACGCGCAACAGUUGGCACCCGUGUUCGCGCUCGCCUCCGCGCCCGAUGCGCGCAGACUGCUCACGCAGAUCACCUCCUCUGUUACCAAAGAUGCAAGCGGCAUAGACGAACAGCUGUUGGACGAUCUGAAUGCCUGGGACAAACGCUGGAUAGAUCAGCCUGACUUCAACAGAAGACUAGAUGCCUUCAAAAGAAUCCAGAAUUUGGUUGACUCGAAAACCAUGCCUCUAGAUUUGGGCAUAAUCAUCAUUCACACUUGUUUCCAUUUCUUGAGAACCGAAAAAGACAUGUCUUUGAGGGACAACGCGUCACAGUGCUUGCACAAGCUGUGUCCAGCCAUGGCUCACAUUCACAAGAACGCGCGCAACCUGAUCAUAGAACAGACCAUACUGAAAACAAUCGCUUCCAGCAUUCGUGAUCACAAGCAUGAGCUUGUCCAGCACGAAGCCACUUCCUUACUUGGUUGUAUGGCUCGAGAGUGUGGCGAUCUCCAUCCGAUUCUCAAAGAUUUAAGUCUACUCACUAACAAAGCAGACCUUGAAGUUGAUUUCUUUGAAAAUCUUCUGCAUUUACAAAUGCACAGGAGAGUGAGGGCACUUCUCAAACUAAACGAAGUGCUGCGAGAGUUGAAGAAGCCGCCUGUCUUGCGUAUGACCACACAAUUUAUUCUGCCAAUGAUAACACAGUUCCUCUGUUCGGACAAGUAUAUAAAUAAGAACAGUCUCCUGGAUGCUGCUAUUGAAGCACUAGGAACUGUCUGCAAGCUACUUCCAUGGCAUCAGUACGAGCUUAUCCUGAGGUUCUAUUUGGGAAAAUUGAGACACAAACUUGAUUACCAAAAGCAGACUGUCCGGAUAAUUGUGGGCGUUCUCAAUGCGUUCCACUUUGAUCUGUCCAAAGCUAACGAAGUGGAAGAAGUUAUCAAAGCAAAAGAAGUUGAGAAAGUGAAGGAGAGUAGCGAAGAGAAACUUGAAGAAAAGGUGGAGGACAAGGAAGAAGGUGGGGAUGAUGAUGAAGAGAAGAAGGAAGAAGAGGAUGAGGAAUUGGAGUUGGAGGAGGAAGUCGAGGAAGAGGAGGUAGAAGAAGAGGAGGAGAAGGUAGAAGAAGAGAUGGAAGUUGAUGGAGAGGAAGAGGGGGAAGAAGGAGAGAAGAAAGAACUGCUAGCUGUUGAUAGAAUAACAGUGAUGAGUAAGUCAGGAGCGACCAAAAUAGUGUUGAUCAUCAAGCAGGGUUUGCUACCCCAGCUGCAUAAGGCAAUUGCCAUGCGCACUCAGAGUGAUGUGGUGCACAAGUUGAACAGAAAACAGCUGGGACCAGACAGAGACGAGGAAGACGUUCUCAGGAUACCCAUCGCUCUGGCUGUAACCAAACUCCUGCAGAAACUUCCCGAGUUUGUGCUGCAACGGAACCUUCCUGGGAUCCUGAUGAAACUGUGCACGUUCCUGAAGUCGCGACUGGACAGUGUGCGGAAGACGACACGUGAAACUAUGCAGAAAGUGAUGGCGGCGCUCGGACCCAAGUACCUGGCAACGCUGAUUGGCGAGAUGACGCAGCUGCUGACACGUGGCUUCCACGUGCAUGUGCUUGUCUACUCACUACACUCGGUGCUUGUCUCCAUGAAGGGCUACCUCGAGCCGGGAGACCUUGAUCCCUGCAUAUCCAUGAUACUCGACGUGUGUAAACUGGAUUUGUUCGGCAGUGCGUCCGAAGAGAAGGAAGUGGCGCAAAUAGCUGGCAGACUGAUGGAGGCGCGUGCCAAGAAGAGCUAUGACAUGUUUCACAUCAUGGGCCAAUUCGCUACCGAAAAAUGCUUCCUCAACAUUGUUCUCCCAUUGAAAGAGGAGUUGGCCAGCACCCUAUCUCACAAAGUGAUCAACAAGAUCACAGAGUGCCUGCGCCAACUGGUGCUGGGUCUGGUGGAUAACCGGUUCGUGGCCGUCCCCUCCACACUCAUCUUCUGCUACGGCGUCACCUCGGAGAGCAUCCCCUCCCUGGCCCCGCCCACCGAACCCACCAGCGAGCAACACGCCAAACAGAUGGAGGUCGCACAUCUGCGCAAGCCCGACUCCUAUCUGCUGCCUGAAGAUCCGAAAGGCAAGCCGAAAGUGGAGGCGUCACAAUGUGCAAAGACAAAUGCGCACAUUCUGGUGGAGUUUGGACUGCAGCUGCUGCACUUCGUAUUGAAGAGAGAGAAGUUGAAGAGUGAGGACGACCCUCGUCCCUUCCUCGACCCGUUUGUGCCCAUUCUGCUCAACUGUCUCUCGUCUCAACAUGUCAAGAUCAGUACACUUGCGUUGCAAUGCUUCACAUGGAUACUGAAAAAAGAGUUGCCUGCCCUGAAAGACUGCAUCAACCAGUUCACCGAAUGCGUGUUCUCCAUUCUGCACAAAUUCGGAGCAGCCGGACUGAGCAAGGGAGACAACUUUGACCUUGUCAUGGUUGCGUUCAAGGCGAUUGCUGUGGUUGUGAGAGACGUGAACUAUUACAAGUUGACGGGCAACCAGUUGAAAGCGCUGCUACUCUACUGCGAACAGGACAUCCACGACUACACGCGACAGGCCACCGCCUUCUCGCUGCUCAAAGCCAUUCUCGGCAGGAAGCUCAUUUGCACCGAACUGCACGACGUCAUGGCCAAAGUGGCCGAGCUUAGUAUCACCUCGCAUCUCGACCAUGUUAGGCUGCAGGCCAGACAGAUAAUUCAUCAAUUUCUCACCACCUACCAACUGGGUAAAAAAUUCGGCAAGCACUUGAAUUUUUACAUCACAAAUUUGGAUUACAAUUUCCAACCAGGCCGUGAAUCAGCUCUAGAAUUGAUUCACUCACUGAUCACAACUGUUCCAAAGGAGGUGCUAAAGAAGCAUUAUGGCGUGAUAUUUGUGCCGGUGACGGCAUGCCUGGUGAACGAUGACUCGCCCGAGUGCCGGCAGAAGGCGGCACAGGUGGUGACGUCACUGCUCGACAACCUCCACCACAAUGCGGUCGACAAGCUGUUCGACAUUGUCACGCUUUGGAUGCAGGAGAAACAGAUAGGACACAGGCGAUUGAGUGUACAGGUGUGUGGACUGUUCAUAUCGUUCGAGAAAGAGCGCUUCGAGAAGCGUUUACCCGCUCUCAUGGAGACCAUUUUGGACCAGUUCAGUGGCUCCUUCAGGGACGAUUCGGUCGGCAAGUACGUGCGCCGGAAACCGGCCUGUGACGUCACAGAUGGCGCCGAAAACGAAGCGGAUGACGUCAGCAAUAUGGCCGACCACCAUCUCUAUCAGCUGCUCAACAUGCUGGUGAAAAUCGCCUCGUUUUGUCCCAAGUUCCUCAAAGAUCCGGCCUACACACAAUACGUGGAAACUAUAUCAGAGAACGCGCAGAAGUUGUUGUCACACCCGCACGAGUGGGUGCGUCUGGCCGCGGCCCAGUUUCUCAGCAGGGUGAUCGCGCAGCUGCAGCCAGCUGAGAUAGCCGCCAUUGCCAACGGAGAGAGAGAGGAGACAGCCGGCUAUCUGCGCAACAGCACGCGUGCGCAGCUCAAGGCAUUCGCGUUGGACCACUGCAAUCAGCUGAUUCCUGGUGUUGAUUUGCACGACAAGUUCCUUAUGCAGUGUAUGAAAAACUUGGUGUUUGUGGGCGAAGUACUGAAAGACGUGGUGAAUGUGGAAGACGAGCAACUGUUGUCUCUCUCUUGGCUGAUCAGGGUGAUGAGGAAAUCGAUUCACGUCGAAAUAGCCAAAAUGCCUUCUUCAACUGUUGUUAGAAAGAUGGUGUUCCACUGGAUAGCAGCGAUUGCGUUGAAGCUGGACAAAGAGGCAUUGCAGCCGAUUCUCAACCACAUGCUGGCGCCGCUGGUCAGGGAAUUGAAUGUGGCCGACGAUGGGGGCGGCAGCGGAGGCGGUAGUGGGGGCGGUAACGGAGGUGUUGACCUGAGGCAGAUCGCCAAGGAGGCGGCAGUCUAUGUGCGGCGAAAAAUCGGCGCCGAAGACUAUAACCGCCUGGUGGCCAAUCUCACAACAAGGCUGGAUGUGCGACGCGCCGAACGCAAGAAGGAGAGAGCUCAGUUGGCUGUGACAGAACCUGAACUAGCCGCCAAGAAGAAGAUUUUGAAACAACAGAAAAAGAAAGAACAAAAGAAGAGGAAAAUAGCGUCGUUUAAAGGCAAGAAAGGCAUAAUAAAAAGGCGGAAAAAGAGUGUUGGAGAUGUUGAGAUUACGUAGAUUAGUAUACUAAAAAUUUGUUUUUAAGUUUGAGAAAUUCAAAUAUAUUUCAUUUAAUAAUGUAAUGUUAAUGUAAUAUGAAAUGUAAAUAUAUUUUUAUUUUUUAAGUAAA